AUGGCGCCUCAUGAUGCCAAGAAGAGAAAGCUGCGGCGUAAGCGCCAAGGUGCUCGUAAGAAGCGUCGCGUUACCAAUCCCCGCAUCUUCGACCGCGAAUUGUCCACCAACGACGGUCACCUCUAUUCACUUUACCACGAGACCAAGAUUCUGGAGCACACCAUCGCCUUAGCGGAGGAUGAAGGAUCUGACAGCAAGAUCGAAGCCAGAAUAGACAAUGUUCGAAAGGCACUAGACGAAGUGUACUCCCGCGAGACCACAAGAAGAGAAUCUUGCACAAGUUCCUUGGAGAUUGAUCUCCUAAAGAGAUCGAUCACGCAAAAGGCCCUCUCGAAAGGCUUCCAACGACCCAUGUCCGAUCAAUCUCUCGCUUCGACAUCGGAGCAAGACCUUGAGAACCUCAAGAGCCAUUGGUCAUCAUCCCUGUACGAGUUUGUACUCGAUAUGGACUUGGAUGGUCUUUGCGGCUCAGCUCUCGUCAAAUCGCAACACAAGGCUCCCGGAAAUGGCCAAAUUGGGCCGGACAAUUAUCUCCAAGCUUUCGCCGCAAAGCAACCGAGAAACUCAAAGCAAAAGAACUUGCUGUCCAAGCGAGAGGAUCCUCAAUUGAGGCUCGCCAUCCAGGCCAAGCUAGACUCUGGAGAGCUCGAUUUGGACAGAGACAUCGACACGAUUUGUGACUGGCUCAACAAGCGUCCCGCUGACCAACUGCUCCUCGGGACCAGGGACAACCAAGAGAUCUUGAUGCGGAGAUUCCUUUUCAAAUGGCGAGCUCUGUCUCAUUAUAUAAGAGGAAACCCUGAUGCCUUGGGCAGCGAGACUAUGGAGGCCCUCGCCACGGAACUUCGUCCAUGGCAAAAGGUUGCUGCGCCGUUACUGCGUACCAUGCUGCGUGGCCCGGGAAGGGGGGCCAUUCUCGGCGACGGAAUGGGCCUCGGCAAAACGCUGACAGCCAUCACGGUCACCCUUCGUAAGGGCAACGGAUACCAGGGACCCGUCGUCAUUGUGGCACCGCCAGGCCUACAUUCGACAUGGAAGGAUGAGAUCCGCUUCCAUCUUCAAGAUACCCAUCAAGUCAAGAUCUUGGUGCUAAAAAACCCACAAAUUACCAUGGAUAACAUUCUCUCCCGAAGAAUUGACAUUGUAAUCGUUGGCACGCAGUUCCUCAUGAGAAGGUACAAAGAGCUCCAGGCUGCGACAAAGAUUGGAUACCUUUUCAGCGAGGAUCAAGAUCUCAAAGUCCGUGGCGUGAAGAAGUCGCAGUGGAGGCCCUACAGAGUCAACCACCCUCUUGAUGGACACGCCAUGAGUCUGUUUGGUCUAACUAUACCUCUUCUCAUUGUUGACGAGGUCCAUGGCCUCCGAAACAUCAAGUCCAUCUCCCAUAAGGCCGUUCUUAGCCUCAAGUACGAUGCCUUUUUGGGGCUUUCGGGCACACCUAUCCCAAAUCGGUGGCAUGACAUUUAUGGCAUCUUGGAGUUCAUGCCAGGAAAUCCGUUCGACUCUUUCGAGUCAUUUGUUGCCUGCUUUGGCACCAUCAUCAACGGAGCCCCUUCCCGGGAAUGUGACGCGGAAAGUCUCGCGAUUGUCUUGGAUGCGUUCCUGGUCGCUCGUCCUCAAAGCGUUCUGGACCUUCCCGGUCUUAUUGAGCACGACGUCAUUGCCAAUUUGUCUCGAACGACCUGCUUAGAAGUAGCAGAAUUGGCCAACGAAUUCUAUCGACUCGCAAGGAUGAAGAAGAAGGACCCAGGACCAGUCACUCCCGCCGGACACGCCGCAGCGUUAGCGAAGGCGACCAAGGCAGAGUUGAUAUCCGUCUGCGACCUUUUCUACCAAGAGCCUCUGAAGGAUCUAAAUACUGAAGCUUUCGAAGGCUGGUGCCGGGAAAAGGGCUUUGACAUUGACCGGCUUGAUGCUACUCAGCUUAUCGAGUGGGUGAAGAAGGGCAGUGGAAGAAAGUCAAAGAUCAAGAACCGACAGACCCCCAUUGAAGCACUGGGUCAAGGAGGCGCGGCUGGAAACAAUGAAUCAGGCAGUGGUGAAACAUCAGGGGAAGAAGAGGACUGGGAGGAUGACGAGAAGAACGAUUACGUCCCUGACGAGUCCGAAGACAGUGACUCGGACCCCGACGACCCCGAAUGGCUUCCGCACGAUUCAGGAAAGACAGAUUACGAUUCUGAUGAGAUGGAAGACUUAGAGAGCGAGAGCUUGCCAAGCGAACAAGGCGACGUCACCACUGACAAAGACCACGACUUAGACGUCAACGACGACGACGACGACGCAGAAGACGAGGAUCACGAGAGUUCUUUCAAGAAGCGCAACGAGUGGCUCAAGAAGCUCAACGACGCCGACCCGGAGGAGUACGUCAACAAGCCUCGAGUCAAGGCUAUCGUGGACCAGAUCUUCACAAUUCAUAGCGACAAGCCUGGUCUCAAAGUUCUUGUGUUUUCUCGCUUUACGAAGGUCCUCGACGUGGUCGAGAAGUCCCUUCAACAUCGCUACGAAAAGGGCAACGGCACUUUACUGCCAGAUGUUCUCCGUUUCGAUGGAACGAAAUCGCAGAAGUACAGAGACGAGGUCCGCCUCCAAGUACAGAACGACGACAAGGCCGCUACCGUCCUGAUCACUUUGGGAGCCGGUGGAGUCGGCUUGACGCUCACUGCAGCGCACAAUGUCAUUUUGUGCGAGUCGUCCUGGGUAAGGGCAGAGGAGCUCCAAGCUCUCUCUCGUUGCUACAGACAGGGUCAAGUUGAGGCAGUCCACGUCUAUCGGAUAACCUCUCCUAAUUCGGCCAUUGAACAGUACAUUAGAAGCUGUUCAGACUUCAAGUUUCAGACAGUGAGCAAGAUCAUGGAUUUGCUUUCCCGCGUGGAGCAGGAAGAGGCACUCAAACUGGACCUUGACUUUGUCGACGUUCCCGAUUUCGUACAGGAUAAGAAGGGCAGUGGCCCAUUCUUGGAGUUCACUCAUCAGUCUCAUGGUUACAUGCUGAAUUCGACAGACCUAUCUUGA